GCUGACAGUUGUGACCAACCAGCGGGUGUAACAUCUCAACCGAAGAGACCUGAACGGAGCGAGAAGCCUCCCUGUGUCUCCACCAACCGUUACCAGCUGCGGAGAACCGGACAGCCGUUAAGCACCCCCUCCGACACCCGGUCACGUCUUCCCGCCUCCCGCAGGAUGAGUGUCGGCGCUCCGAGAGGCCUGGCCAGCUCGGGGCAGAAGCCCAUCGCGGAGAUCCUCCACCCGCUGUCCGCCGCCGAGGAGCCGCACUCCGUCACCGUCAACAUCGGAGGGGACAAGGAAGCGGGGCUGACCAACGGCACGCCGGUCGAGACGUCGAGUCCCGCCUCCACGUCCUCGCUCUUCAACAGGCUGCAGCUGGACGACGACCUGGAAGCAGAUGUGCGGGACCCCUAUGCGGACGCCGCAGAGACCCGUGACCUUUUUGUCACGGUCGACGACCCAAAGAAGCACGUCUCCACCAUGGAGACCUACAUCACCUACAGAGUCUCCACAAAGACAACACGGGUAGAGUUUGACCUACCAGAGUACUGUGUGCGGCGGCGGUACCAGGACUUUGACUGGCUGAGGAUCAAGUUGGAGGACAGCCAGCCAACCCACCUCAUCCCUCCGUUGCCAGAGAAGUUCGUGAUGAAGGGCGUGGUCGAUCGUUUUUCGGAAGAGUUCGUGGAGACGCGGAUGAAGGCUCUGGACAAGUUCCUGAAGCGAGUCGCCGACCACCCCGUCCUCUCCUUCAACCCACAUCUAAACGCUUUCCUAACUGCCAAGGACCUGAACAAGCGUCAGGGUCUGGCCCUGCUGACCAAAGUAGGUGAGUCAGUGAAGCACGUGGCCGGAGGCUACAAGCUGCGGGCGCGGCCGCCGGAGUUCUGCGCCAUGGGAGAAUACCUGGACACCUUCAGCCAGAAACUGGGAACCAUCGACCGCAUCGCUCAGAGGAUCCUCAAGGAGCAGUCAGAGUACCUGACAGAGCUGCGUGAGUACGGCACAGUGUACUCCAGCUGGGUGGGGUCGGAGGAUGAGCUGCGGCGCCCCCUGGAGGGCGUGGCUGGCUGUGUGACGACGUGCUGCUCAGCGCUGGAUGACCUGAGUGAGAACAUGACCCAGGACUUCCUGCCCGUACUCAGAGAGUAUGUCCUCUACAUAGAGUCCAUGAAGAAUGUUUUGAGGAAGCGAGACCAGAGCCAGGCGGAGUACGAGAGCCGACUAGAAGCAGCCAUAUUGCGCAAACAGGAGGACAGCAGGACGCCAAUGCCGGCAGAGGUGGAGAAAUGCCAGGACAAAGUGGAGUGUUUCAAUGCCGACCUGAAGGCAGACUGGGAGCGCUGGCAGAGCAACAAGAGACAAGACUUCAAACAGCUUCUCACCGGCAUGGCCGACAAAAACAUCAACCACUAUGAAAAGUGCCAGGCGGCGUGGGAGUCACUCAUAACUCUUCUCCAGGACAAACAGACUGAGGACAAAACGAGUGAGACGAACUGAAACACCUCCUCAUGUCUCUGCCCCGUAUCUCUCUCCCUCUCAGUGUAACACACUCUCUCAUGCCAAGGAAAAGGACCAACCGGGCGGCAGAUGUGAACUGCUGGACUUUGCCCCCCCGUUCUCCUGUGAGAUGGUUGUACGGAGAGGAGUCGUCUCUCUCGGAGAUUUGACCUGUGAAGGAGGUAACAAAUGGUACAUUCAAGGACAGCUGGGAAAGAGGAGAGACCUACUAUGUACAGACAUUUUCCUUUUGUUUUGUUUUUUUUGUUCUUUGUUUGUCGUUGUUCCUAUUGACUUUUUCUAAUCAUAUUUCAAAUUAACAGUUGGUUGCCAAUGCUGCUUGUGUUUAUUUAACCGCGGUCUCCGAGAGGCGUGUUUUCUGUCCAUCCUCUCCGUGUUCGCAUUGAGCCAGACGUGAAGGAUACCUCCUCAGCAUUGCAGGAAAGGGAUACGAUCAAUAUAAUUUGCGUGAAGUAUUCAGAGCAUCCCCGACAUAUUUUUAUUUUCUGUCAGGUUGCAAAAGCCUCUGAAAAUGUAACACUGAAACAAGACUCGUAAAUUGGAAUCCAACGUCUUAAAAUUAAUUUAAAGGACCACACCUGUUAUUUUUGCAUGUUUAUGCUCAUAAUCUUGCCAUUACUGCUAACCAUUUUCCAGAAGUUCAUACACUUUAUAGCGUUCCUAUUUUCCCUUCAGCCAUUAUUAUCAAUAAUAUAUUAAAAUCAGCUUGAAAAAAGCCGUGGCAUCAGAGCUUGGCAUCAGCACAGCCUUGCAUUCAACCAGAAGUUACUCACAGGCAGAGAAAACGCAGGAGGUGUAGCAACAGAUGUCAAAACGAGAUGUUAUUAAAAGCCACCAAUUGUUCAUCAAAGGGAAACUUUAGGAUGUUUUUAUGAUCCACGUCCUUACAGCUCAAUAGACAGCUCAAUAGACAUGUUGAGUAAUGUUGAGCUUCAUCAGGGAAGUGAUUUUGUUGGAGGUCAUUUUGUUUUUUAAGCAGAGAUACACAGAAGAGUUGGUCAUACGGUUGUGUUUCCAGUGCAGUGUAGCAGCACCACCUGGUGGCUUCAACGUGUGCUACUUCUGCUGGUUCCUCUUGCUAUCAAGUUGUUUAAGUUUUUUGUACCAUGUCCAUUUAUACCUGCUGAAGGGAUGUCACCUCUAUUCUUCAAGCAAAAGCUCUAACUCAGUUUGAGGAUGCCAAAUGGUGCAAGAGGCAGAUUUACCCAGUGAAAAGCACACAGAGGGAAUUGAAGGUGUAAUUUAUUAUCUUAAAACGAAUGAAAGCAAUCAGGUGUAGAGUCAAAUGUUAUUUUCUUGUAGUAAUCCGAAAGAAACAAACACUGCAUUGGGAGCAUGUGGCAUUAUUGCACCCUGUUAACAAAAUCUGUGUUGCUUUUUAAGAACAGUGGCGCUCACAGGCUAGAUAUGAUCCAAAAUAUUUCGAAAGGAGUUGAGUUAGGAGCUGUCAGGUACGCAUCUGUUCAAGUUGGAGUUCGUGAAGCUCUUACACAUAUCAGUGCUACGGGCCUACAGAGGAAAACAGAGCACUGAGGCUUCUGGGAAAUCUCGGCUGUGUCAUGUAAUCAUCUGAGGAAUUGGUUAAACCAGCGCUCAAAGGAGUAUUGUGUAGGUCAGAGCUAGAAAUUGCAAAAACUCCAUUCCGAGUGAGACACCGUGUCUCACUCGGAAUGGAGUUUUUGCAAUUAAAAACUAUAGCUUUUAAAUUAAAGCAUGUACUGUACAUGCUUUAAUUUAAAAGCUAUGGUUUGUUUUAAUGACCCAGUAAUGUGGAAAUCAUUUGCCGUUUACUUCUCUUAACCCCUCUGACUGAUCAGUGUGACAAUGUGACCUCCUCUGCUCAGCUGUGACUCAUGGGAAACAUUUGUUCCCCUAUUUCAGAUGCAGUAGCGCAGCAGCACAUACGACCAACAGCAGUUUUGCGUCACACUUGUUUUGGCCUCAACAUGUUGCUGAUGUGGCGUUGCCUGAAAGGAAGAAUCCAGCCUGAGAGAUUCUGUUAGACGUCAAUGCGUAACCUUAUGUUGAACCAGCUUUAUUGAGCUAUUUCUGACUUUUUGACCACAGAGCAGAGAUGCAGCCUGCUGAGUUUGUAACGCUGUGCCGGCUCAUUUGAAUAUCCUUAUUUUUAUCCAACCUCAGCCGCACUGCUAGCUCAUUACACUCAGCAUAAAGUAGCAAAAAAACCUACCAGUGAUGACUUGGGUCAGUGAUAUCAUCCCAAAAUGUUUUUUACAAAGACACUGAUUUUAUCUCUUGUUCAUUCGUGGCGCAGAUCCCGCUGUGUUGUAGCCUCGUAAACAGGCCAUAACUUUAUUUCUUCAACAAAUGUAAUCAUUAUUUUUGUUUGAUAAAGAGUUUGUUUUGCGUAAUUUUAUUUAUUUCAGAAAGCUGAAAUAAUUACGUUUCAUUUCUACGUUCUGAGAGGCUCUGUGUUUUUAUUUCUUUUAAAUGCCCUGUAGUCAGAUUGUCUUUGAAUGGUCUUUGUCCUGUUUUAUAGGCUGAUGUCACAUUACUGAGCCUGCUAUCAGUGUAGCCAAAUGCGAGUGCGAUAAGAGAGCGACGAGAUGAAGUAGCUGUGGCUGCUUGCAAACUGGUUUAAGUACUCUUGUCAGUUCUCUUUUUUCCGUCCGUCAUAUUUCCCCUUUGAGUUUUUAAAGCACGAAGCAGCUACUGUUCUAACGACCAGAAGUCAGCGAGGUGACAUGACAGUUUUUAUUUGGGCAUGUUGAAUGCAGCUAGUAAGAUGGAGAGAAGCUUUCUGCGUCACUGUGGUCAGUCAGUGUCGAGGCAGCCACAUGGGACAGAACUACAGAUGCACUGAUGCUAAAUUAUCUGGAUCUUAGGGGCUGUGCACUAUGAUAAUAUGAUACUGUAGGGUUGACUACUGGUGCUUUCACAAAAUAUCGAUACAAGAGAUUUUGAUUAAUAAUCAACAGUCUGGUAAGUUCAGAAAAUGACAUUACUGUAAUGCAGCCUUUAAAACUAGGAAAAGACAAACCUUAUGAUUUUAUGAUAUCCAGAAUCUAAGAUGAUAUCUAUCCAUAGAUUAUGAAUAUAUCGUCCAGCCAUAUUGUAUCUAUUUCGAAAUAUUAGAAUUCACUAUGAAGAACCAGGGGUGUUUAGAAAUUAAAACAAAGCUCCUGUAUCAUCUGUUGCUCACACACAACCUGUAAAGGACCUCCAUUUUUAUCCCCAAAUACUGCUUUAAAUUAGCAGUUCCACUGUAAUUUUAAGUUUUUUCUUAUUUUCUGAGUUCUAUCAUUUUUAUGUUAAUUGCCAUAACCUACAUGAACAUGCAGCAACAUUAAAGAAAUUUUAGAAAUGGUUUAUCUGGACCUCACAGAUUGAGUCAAUGUUGUUCAUUUAGCAACAGCAGGAAUUCAGGAAAGGUAAUGCACUUUCUGUUUUUUGCAAGUACAUUCCUUAAUUUUUUUUUUGUGGGGUUAAAAAAAAAAUACGCCUGUAGAGUCUUUGACCAGUAGCUGCACUAUGGAGCAGUGUUUUUGUGUUGUGCUGAAACACACUAGGCUUGAGAGGUAUAAUGGUACUACGGUAUAUCAUUUAGAAAUCCUGGCGGUAUGAUUUUCAAUACGGUUCAAAAUACAGACACUCUUUGUACUCGUACGAAAAUGCUUUUUUGAGGAUUGAUUGUAUGUAGUGCACAUAAUGCGCCACCAGAGAUCAGUCUCUGCUCGUGGAACAGGCCGCCGAGCUAACAGACAUAACGACUAGGGAUAAUGUUACAGGAGUGUGAAUGGUUGGCUAGCAGCAACAGAGAGAGGAUGCAAAAAAGCUUGCAUAUUUUUUACAUUUAGCCUGAUAAAUUCAGGGACUAUUUCCAAAUUUACCGAGCCGAUUCUGAAUUUACCGAUCCAAACUUAUCAAUCCGAGUUUACCAUCCUCAAAAAAUGCUUUUUUUUUUUUUUUUUUUUUUUU